AUGGCAUAUAACUGGGCUCGCAAGGCUGAAGCUACUUUCCGCUUCGAGCGUGGUCUCAAGGACAUCAGCUUCAUCCAACCCGGGUACUGGGAACCCGGACACGAUGGGCUGCUAUCUGGCGAAGCUCUGUUCCUGGGGCUGAAGAACAUGGAAGCUGCGUACCACGAAGAGCGAGGCCACGAUUUUGAAGUGUCUAAGUUCAUCUCUUUACGUCAGGUCAAUCCGCUGGCACUCAUACAGCUCCGUGAAAAUAGCGCGUGCGAGUUCGCUAUUCCAGAAAUCCUUUACGACAUGGACUUCCCCGGGCACUAUCUACGCAAGAUCAAGGCCGUCACUCUCACCAUUCCCUGCGUCGUCGGGCCGUACACCACCGUCAACUGCACGCUGCGCCUCACCGCGCACAAAUACCGCUCCGACCCCACCGCCAAGGACAAGCGCGACUACCUCGAAAAGACGGUCGACCAAGGCAGCCCCAACGACGACCCGCGCUUCGACACCGUCCUCAUACCGAUCUCCGCCGCUGACGUGUCUUCAGCCAAUAACGAUGCCAGCGUCUUCGAUCUCUCGUUCAGCAACAACGAGCACUACAUGCCGUUCGGAGGCGCCGGCGCUAUAUCGCAGUGGAGCCUGACGCUCCCGUCGGGUUUCCGUCAGUUCGACUACGGCACGAUCCAGGACAUCAUCAUGCACGUCCGCUAUACAUCGCGCGAUGGCCGAGACAAGCUCGGCACCGCGGCGUCAGGCGCGGUUGCUGACUAUGUGAAAGCGGUGACGGAUCUGCUGACGGGACUGUUUGCUGUCGUUGAUGCGCGCAGCGAGGCGGCGAGCAAGUGGGCGCAGUUUUUGCGUGUGCCGGGACCACCGCCUGCCGCACAGGAGCGCGUGUUGGUGCUGAACAAGGUCAAUGAGCGGUUGCCGGUGUAUACCAAGGGACAUCCGGUCAGCGGGCUUGUUGCGGUUGACAUUUAG